CCCCGAUAUCUCCCGCAGUCAGUGACGAUAUAAAUGCUGUUCUGUACGAGUCUGUGUGUUGUAGGACGGAAGUACACAAUCUUGUGGUAAAGUGGAAGUAACAGAAAGAGGUAGUUGAGUAAAGAAUUGCGGUUAAUAAGUAACAGGACACAACGGUUGCCCCCACGAUGCAAAGCCUGCUGGGAAAAUCCCUUGGCAAGCAGAGGAGUGUGUGAGUGUGUGUGCGCGCAGAGAGAUAUCGCUGAAAAAAAAAACAGGAAGACAAGAGGAGGGCUGGUUUAUACGCAGUUUUUGAGUCUCCAGCUGUCAAUCAAGUUCUUCUUCUGAAGCCAAAGCUCUCCCUCUCAUGGGGAAGGUGAAAGGCAAGCCCGGGCCCUUGGCUCGGAGACCCGACAACUCCGCUUUCAAACAGCAGCGGUUACCUGCCUGGUCUCCAAUGCUAACUGCUAACACCGUGCUGCCUUUUUUCUACUUUAUGGCUUUGAUUUGUCUGCUGUUGGGAGUAUGGCUGCUUCUCACUGUGCAGAACACCCAGGAAAUGAAGCUGGACUACACAGAGGCCGAAACCUGCAACAAGUGUUUUGAAAUGCGUAAAAAUGUGAGCAACGCAAACGAGACCUGCAUCUGCACAGUGAAUUUUAGGAUUGACAAACCAUUUGAGGGAGAUGUCUUUUUCUACUACGGACUCCGUAACUUUCAUCAGAACCUUCGCAGAUACAUGGACUCCAGAGAUGAUGGGCAGACAGUUGGAAGGAAGAAAAAUUUAAAGGACCCAAGUUCAUAUUGUGAGCCAUUUUUGAAAGAUCCCAGCGGACGCCCGAUUGCUCCCUGUGGCGCUGUGGCCAACAGCAUCUUCAACGACUCCUUCACCCUGCGGUAUCAUUAUUCCAACGGCAUAGGUGAGGUUCCUUUGUUGCGGGAAGGCCUCACGUGGUACACGGACAAAUACAUCAAAUUCCGCAACCCAACAACUGACAACUUGACUCUAGCGCAAGUGUUUGAAGGAACGGCGCCACCUCCAUACUGGCAGAAGCCCGUGUACAAGCUCGAUCCUUCCAAUCCCAUGAACAACGGUUUCAUCAAUGACGAUUUCAUUGUAUGGAUGAGGGAGGCAGCUUUCCCCAACUUCAAGAAACUUUAUGGAAUCUUAUUCCGAAACGACAACCCCUUCACGAAGGGGCUUCCAGCAGGCAAUUACAGCAUCGAUAUAUCCUACAACUUUCCCGUGCAGUAUUUUCGAGGCAGAAAGGAAGUGGUGCUGACAACGGUGACCUGGUUUGGAGGUCAGAACCAUUUCCUGCCUAUUGCUUACCUCGUAACCAGCAGCCUGAUCCUCCUGACAGCAGUCGUCCUCACGGUGGUCUGGUGGAAGUUUGGAAAAGAUGGGAAGAACAUGAAGGAGUGAAGAGGAAGAGGUGCUUGAGGAAACAGAGGAAUGCUGGGAAAAAACUUACAAGCAGAUUAAAAGAGAUUAUUGCUGGGUUGAUAUGGAGGUUUUUUUUUUUUUUUUUUUUUUUUUUUUUAAAAAGGGACAACAAAUGCUAAAUGACGAACAUUUGUGAGUAAAUGAUGAAUGGGGAAAAUGGUUUAAAAAGGAAUGUUAAUUGUGUUCGAUUUCACAGCAGCAUGUGCAGGAAAACUGGAAAAGCUGCUUUUUCAGAUCCACGUGUGUGACGGGUUUAUUGUGGUGCUGCCGUGAAAGCUGGUGUGUUUACACAUCUGAGCUGUGUUUACUUGAUUUUUACUUGCUGAAGUUUGCUUUUAUAAUACACACACCAUUUCUCAUGUACUGUUAAUAUGUAUAUUUAUUAGAAUUAUUACAUUAACAUUUCUAAUGCAAAGCGUAUUCUUGCAUCCUUGUGUGCAAAAACCGUCAAAGUGCCACAUCUUACAAUUGAAUAAAGGAUUGUAAUUAAGAUGACCUGUUGAAUCGAGUGUUUCUAUGUCUUGGCUAUAGCUACUUCACACCACACCAUCAUUUGACAGUACUAAGAAUCUGCAGCCUAGCUAAAUGCAAACAUUUAAAGGUUCAGUUUUUUGCUAUACUAAGUUGCAAAUUAAGACUGGGCGUGGUUGAAGGAAGUGGGUGUAGUUUUGCAGUUUUAGUCAAAUAGAAGUACUGAAGGUACUUUGGCCCCUCUCUUAUUUCCCAACGGGUCACCACAGCAGAUUGAGCCACAUUUGAUUGUAGAUCAUUUUACACAAUCCCGUUUAUCCAGGCUUGGGGCUGGGAGUACUCUAGCUUCUGAGACUGGGAUUUUGUCUCCUGCCAGUCUUCCAUGUGUUAACUACUACACUGGCAGUCCAACACACUGGACAAGCAAAUCCUGAGGAAGUAGUUUGAUACCCAUGUUAUUCUUUCUGGGGUGGGGAGAGAACAUGAACAUAAAACGUGGCAGUAAUUAGCAAGUUGAUAGCUCACAGUCCAGAAUAAAGGGGUAGGCAUCUUUUAUGGUAAGGGGUUGUCAAGUUAAAAAGCUUUCACAAAAAAAAGAAAAACAUCCAUCCAUUCUCUUCCACUUAUCUAACUCAGGGUUAUAGGUGGGCUAGAGGCAAUCCAAGCUGUCAUAGGGCAAGAGGGAGAGAACACCCAGGACAGGCCACCAAUCUGUUGGAGGGUUAACCCUCCAACACCCACAUUCACACCUAUGGUCAAUUCAGAGUUACCAAUUAACCUAACCUCAUGCAUGUCUUUGCACUGUGGGAAGAAGUUGGAAUAGCUGCAGAAAAACCCAGAGAACCCACACAGACAACGAGAACAUCCGAACUCCACAGAAAGGCCGCCAGGCUGGAUUCAACCCAGAACCUUCUUCACCAAACCCACAUUAAUCAGAAACAGAAAAAUAAUUAGUUAAUCUUGAAAAAUACUAAGUACUCAACAAUUUCUUUUAAAAACUCUUUAUUUCUAUAUACAAUCAGUGAGAGCCACAUAAACUCAACCCUUCUGUGACCAGGGAGCACCUGGAGCUCUGGAAAACUGGUUACUGAGCACGAUCAAAGCGUGACAGUGGCACAGCUGUUGGAACAACACCUUUAGGAUCAGGUUGCUGUUCUUGUAAAAGAUAUGAAGCAGCUUGUUCUGCAUUUGUCCUCCACCUCUACAUGAGUAGCACAGGCGAAGGAGAGGAGCGCAGGUCUAUCGGUGCUACAGACGACGUCCUACUAUAAGCCACACUGUAAAUUGUCCAAAAACCCACAAGGCCGAAAUAUGACGACAGCUUUACGCACGUACAGACACUGAUGCACAGAGAUACGAAUAAUGGAACAAGUCACAACACCCAAUUUCAUCACCAGACAAUCACCACGAUCCACAAAACACGAUCUAAGAAACACACAAUCUAUAAAGUUAUCACAGCUGUAACAUGUUUGCUCAUCUACCGCUUUUUACUUGUACCUUUUUUGUUUCAUCCAACAAUGUAGAAAACAGAAAAAAAAAAAAAAAUCAGUUUUAAGACUGCGCAAAUGUUUAUUUGGCUAAACUUGGGAUGUUGGCACGAUUGUGAAAGUCGGCUCUGUUGUGAAUCAACAUUGCAUAAACACAGAAAAGGCAACAUUUGGUCUCCCAAUACAAAACGAGUAUUUUCAAAGGAUUUUUGGAAGUUCACUGGGUUGAUUCUCCUGACCUUUUCUUUUAUACGUCUAUAAAACAAAAUUUACUGUCAGUCAGGUAUCCACAAUAGCGCGUUACUGA